AUGGCCUGUUACCCUCAGCUGAGCUCACUGAGGGUGAAGGAGCUGUGUGAGCUGCUCAGCUACUGGAAUGGAUCCAGCUUUAUCUGCAAGAGCCAGAUUGAGCGAUUUAUCAGAAUGGGAAUUCCUCCGACUUUGCGAGAUCGAGUGUGGAAGUGUCUUCUCAGCACCGACAGUCUGAGAGAGAGCAGUGACUUCAACUACCAGAGGUGCUUGUUAGAGGUCCGAGGCCCCCUGGUGGACUUAGGUGUGAGUGAGUACGGCAUCCUGUCCGCAAUAGCAACACUCAGCGAAACACAGAACGAUCUGGACUUGAACCAUCAGCAAUCGGCCGACUGCCCUGAGCCCUGCUACUCUGUAGACGACAUAACAUUGUUUCGACAGAUCGCCUUGGACCUGCAACGCUCCUUCCCCACUCACCGCUCUCUGAUGGGGGAGAGCCCAGAGGCCAUCGAGGGUCAGGCCAAGCUCUUCAGGGUCCUCAUCGCCUACGGCAAAUACAACCCACAGGUGGGAUACAGCCAAGGGAUGUCCUACAUAGCUGCUGUGCUGCUGAUGCAGUUGGGAGAGGAGGAGGCGUUCUGGGCUCUGACGGCCUUAUUGGAUAAACCUAAAUAUCUGGCUGAACUCUUUGACCUCAGCCUCUCCAAGGUCCAACAUCAGGUGAAGGUGUUCGACCAGUUCCUGAAACACAGGAAGCCGAAGCUCUCUCAGCACCUGGAGUCAGUGGGAGUCUUAUCAGUCCACUUUGUGAUGCCAUGGUUCCUCACGCUCUUCACUUCCCUGCCCUGCUGGGAUUCUGUCCUUGCCGUCUGGGAUCUCAUCAUACUGCACGGCCUGUCAGCUGUGUUUCGUAUCGCUCUGACCAUCAUCGAUCUGUUGGAGCCUCGAUUGAUGGACCAGAACGACGAGGGAGCAGUCUUACCCCUGCUGUUGAGAGUCCCUGUUGAAGUAGCCAAGUACACAGUGUUAGUCCCUGCACUGUGGAAUACUGAAGUCCAAGACUGGGAGAUUAAAUGUAUGAACAGUCUGGUGCUGGACGAGAGCCACCAUGGAUCCAAAACAGAUAUGUGCGAGAAGCAGACGGCCUCAACGUCGAUCCAAAUCAGAGAAGAUGAAGAAAAUGCACCAGCGUUGUCAGAAGGAGGAAAAACCACUGGGAAGGACUCAGUUACCAGAGCUAAGAGUGUCCUGACCCGCGUGAUGCGUCUGGCCCAGCGGUACCUGAUCGACCCGAUGGGCCGACAGCGGACUGAAGAGAAGAGUUCACAAGCACAAGUGAAGCCCAGACAGCGUAGUCCUGCACCUGGACGGGUUUUCAGGAGCCGGACCGCAGCUUCUCUAACAAAAGCUCAGAUCAGAUCCAAGAGGCGGAGCCAGCAGGAGGGCAGAGCCCACCAGCCGACGGUGCAGGGGAGUGGUGGUGAUGUCACGGUGACAGAUACAGCCAGUGGUGGGAAAAGUGACAGAGCAGAACAAACCUUCAAGAGAGCGGCAACAGGACCUGUGGGCAAGGCAGCCCGUCAUCACGCUCACCACAGCAUCAGGGUCAAGUCCCUCCGUCUCCUACGACAUGGAAAGAACCCGUCAAACCAGACCCCUCUUCCCUCUUCCUCUUUUCCUCCUUCAUCGCUCUGCUCCUCUACUCUCCGUCCGUUGUCCUCCAGCACGGCUUCAAAUCCUCCGUCAUCCGGAGCUUCUCAAAGUGGACCGGAACCCAAGCAGCAAGAUACACCCAGGAUGGCUUUCAUUAGGGAGUUGUCAUCCCGACAUCAGAUCAGUGUCCCGUUCAGGAACGCCAGGGAGUCGACGCUGAUCUGACGCUGAAGAGGUAGAGGGACGUGACGGAACAAGUGAGGGAGACAACGCUAGUUAGUAAAUCAGGUUAUUGGACCCAGACAAGUAACGAGCUCACACAAAAACCCGAAUUAAACAACUCCCACUAGAAUAAAUGGAACACCACUAAAAGUCACUGCUCACACUGUGUACUGGGGGCUGAUCCGUCUGCACUGUGUGAUGUCACAACCACACUAAAUCAUAAACCAUCAACUAAAAGGCAAUAAAGUGUAAGUGCCUUUAUUUGAUUAAGAUUACAUGUAUAUCAUCUCAUAGGAAAAAUCUGUGAGCAAUCCCUGUGUAGUGAGGCGGCCGCUCUGCUGACAGUUCACUUGUCUAAUCAACACUCGUGUGUUUUGUUGACGUGUGAGUCGGGAAUCGUAAAUCACGACCGGGAAAGUCUCGGCUCCCGAGGUUGUCUGGAACGCAGGCGUAAUCGCCGCGCGGGUCGUGUGAGGACUCGUGUGGGGACUCGAGUCAACACCUGAACAAACCUGUGGAUUUAAACUGCAGGUGAACUGAAGCAGGUUGUAUAGAUCAGUUCAUGUGUAGCUGUGAAGACAGAUUUCUGAAUAACGUGUGUGUGUCUCUUUGGUUUUACUGUGUGCUGCACUGGUGCUGUUUUUUUUAUUUUUCCACUUGACCCAUAAACGCUAGAGAAUGACUCUGUUUUUAUCUUCUUACGUCAUCGACACUAAUAAAAUAUUGAUAUUUUACUUUUUAA